AGCCCCUGCUCCGCCGUGGCCCCUGGUCCGUGGUGCCUGGGGAGCGGUGUGCCUGGGUGGAGCCCCUGCUCAGCUGACACUGGUCAGCGCAUCUCUUUUCCCCAGCUCCGUGGGCACCUUCGCACGGGCCCUGGACUGCAGCAGCUCCGUCCGACAGCCCAGCCUGCACAUGAGUGCCGCAGCUGCCUCCCGAGACAUCACCCUGUUCCACGCCAUGGACACCCUCCACAAGAACAUCUAUGACAUCUCCAAGGCCAUCUCGGCGCUGGUGCCGCAGGGCGGGCCCGUGCUCUGCAGGGACGAGAUGGAGGAGUGGUCUGCAUCAGAGGCCAACCUUUUCGAGGAAGCCCUGGAAAAAUAUGGGAAGGAUUUCACGGACAUUCAGCAAGAUUUUGUGAGUACCGUGGGUGGCGAUGUGGGAGUGGCGGACCAUGCCCAUCUGCAGGUGGACUGUGGGGGCGUGGGGUCCACGUCCCCCCCUGCCCGGAGGGAGCCUGUCCUGCACCCUGAUUCCCUGCGUGGAGCUGCAUGAGUUCUGUCUGAGCUGUGCUCGGCCACCACAGUCCUGUCACGCUGGUUCAGCAGACAGGCGUGGGGGCACUGGUGGGGCCUGGGCAUAGCCACGCUGCUACCACCACUGCGAGAUAAGGAUAAGGAUUGGCCCCGGUGACGGAGGCCAGGGCGUCCUCACGGAGACUUUCCCUUCCUUGCCGCCGCUUCCAGCCCCAGCCUUGGUUUUGCUUUGUUUUUGACUAAGCUGAACCUCUGUUUCCUCAUGUCCUUGUUUUCUGUCUCAUGUGAGUUUGGCCCAGCAACAGGCCGAGAGGGUCUUCAUGGUAUGGGGUCUCCCGUUCCCUGUGCCUCCACCUCAGGACCCCCAUCCUGCCACCGUCAGCCCUCCUAAAAUACAUUUCAACUGAUCUGUUAGAAGGGCGUCCCCACGUGGAGGUGGUGGGACCCCUGACCAUCAGCCCCGGGGAGGGGUAGCCUGUGGCAGGGCAGGGAGGAGCCCCAAAGGGGCCAGGACACAGCGGGGUUGCUGCUGUCUGAUGACAAGCACCAUCCACGCAGCAGCGCAUAGGCCAGCGUGGCAGAGACUGGAGAGGCAUCUGGAAUUGGGAAGAAACAAACAUGGGGUUGGGUAGGGUGCCUGGACCUGAAGAGGAGGAGGGACAGCAGCCAGCCGCGAGGCAGGAAUGCAGCUUUGGGUGGGGGCCUCUGGCCAAGGGGAGAGCUUGGCCAGGCGGGAGGAGUCCUUGACUGGGGCAGCGGCCUCUCCAAGGCAGAUACGGAUUUCUCCAGGCUUAAAAUCUAACCAAGAUGAGCAGAACGUGUUCAGACAAGAGGAUGAGGGCUAGAAGCAAAAUUCACCAACUAGGCUCAGACGAGGGCAGAAUUUGAGGGAGACCCUGUUGCACAUGGUUCCAGCAGAGGAGACCGCAGUGCUGAGUCCAACGAGGCAGCGCUCAGGGCUGUGGCUGCCGGGCUGAGUCCAGGCUUGGGGUCGGAGGCUGCAGCUUCAGGCCGUGCCGAGGGAGCAGGCCCAGCUCUUCCUUCCUGCCAGAUGCAGUGGACCAGACUGAGGAACUAUCUGAACCCUUAUUUAAUAAGACAGGUUUCUUAAAUCCACGCCACAGGCUGGGCACAGUGGCUCACGCCUGUAAUCCCAGCACUUGGGGAGGUCGAGGCAGGAGGAUCAUGAGGUCAGGAGA